AUGGUCCGGUUCCUUGUCGGAAAUGGUACCCUGACUUUGGGAGUGUCACAUAAUUUUGUUGGAGGUUCUAUUGAUUUUGAGACCGGGAAAAACUUCCUUGGGGACAUCUCCUUGUUCCGGAUGUGGGGAGUACAGAUGAGUCCACUGCAACUGGAAGCAUGCAGAUGUGUAGAUGGGAAUAUUGUGACUUGGAGAGAGCAAGAUUGGGAUUAUCAGAAGUGUCCACCGAUAGAGGAUGACAACUUUAUGUGUGAAUCGUCAAAAUAUAAAAUUCAAAUGAACACAGCUAUUACACAAUAUCUCAAUAAUGAUUACAGUGAAAAUGAUAUCCAGGAGAUUGUUCUAAUCUGGCUGAAACAUGUUUUCCCUCAGAAAAUAUCAGUGCAUUCUGUGUUCCUAUCAAAUUUAAGCCCUCAAACAGGAGCUGGUUUAGCUGGACAAAAUAAGGAGGAAAUUCAGGGUAUUGGAAAGCCACUAAUCAAGACACAAUGGUUUGAUUGUGUGGUGUUUGUGAGAGUGAUACCUGGAGCUGAUGUGAGUAAAACAGUGUCUAUGAUACAGGGGAUGCUAAUACCCAGCUAUAUCUACAAAAACAUCAUCCUAAAAACAAACCCAGCAUCUAUAAACAUCCUCUCAGUAGCCGUCUAUCCCAAUGUGACUUCAAAUCCUGCUUUGACCACUGUUGCACCAGACUUGUCUCAAACCACAAAGAGUCCCGACACUGGAAGUACAAAUGUUACAACAUCAGGAACUCGCACAUCAUUACAAACACUGGCAAUGGAAAAUAUCUGUUCAAACACUUUAGGUUUCAUUUCAAACAGAGAUUUUGGAGACAUUUUUUAUAGAGUUUAUCUCAAUCUAACAAUGAGUGGAAGCAUCACAGACCCUCAACACACUAUACAGCAAUGGCUUCAGCAAACACUGGGAAAAUGCAACAUGGACGUUUGGAAUCUUGUGAUAAAAGGAGCUCCUAAGUACGUCACUACUUUUCAGGUUCAGGCUAUGGCACCAGUGAAUGUCUCAGCAACAGAGAGGCUGAUUUUUGAACUCUUGACAAAAGGAUACACUAAUGCUACCAUCAGUAUCAGUGUCCCGUCUGGUGAAGUCAACAUCAUUCAAAUAGAUCCAGGCUUUUGUCCAGAGGAGACCAUGGUCACAGUGUAUGGUAUAUACAUGUGGCCCGAAAUGACGGCUCAAUGCGAAUAUAGCAUGGGGUGUAUAAGAGGGAAUGAAAGUGCUACAAGGUUUUGUAAGUUAAAUGGGGCAACUGACAGAGCAGCGUGGGAUCAUCCAGACAUGAGCAAGUGUAUAAGGAUGGUUUCAGAUUUUGAUGAUUUGGAAAAUAUCACCGUUACAGCUGACAACUCAGCAGACAUUGUGGAUAUGAUUGAGGAUCUUUUAAAUGAACAACCCGAUCUGACUGAUGCUCAGCUGGACAUUGUGCUUGAAAAACUGUCUGACGUCACUGAGGUUGGAACCUUGACCACAGACCUGUCCAGUGACAUUACUAAAAUUGUUUCAGAUAUCUUUUAUAUCAAAACUAGUCCCACCCAAAUAUUUUAUGACAAGAACUUUACAGAGCAUCCAGACAAAGGAACUGUAGCGUUCAUUUCCUUACCUCAUACAAUUGAGAGCUUUUUCCCGAACAAUGGAGCCAGACCUCGUGUACAGUUUCAUUUUUAUGGCAUAGAAGACUUCUUUGAGGACCCUACAGCCAACAUGACACUGAACUCUUAUGUAGUAUCUGCCAGUGUCACCAAUGCCACAGUAAGCAACCUUGAGAUCCCAGUGAUGGUCACUCUCCGCCAUCUCCAAAACAAAGAGGACUGGGACAUUGUCAAGUGUGUCUACUGGGACUUCAACAAAAACAAUGAGAAAGGUGGAUGGAAUGAUACAGGAUGUGAGACAAUAACGUCUAAUGCCACUCAUACGUUUUGUUCCUGUAAUCACCUCACACAUUUUGGAGUUCUUCUGGAUAUCUCUAAAACCCCAAUAAGUGCAAAAGAUGAAAGGAUUCUGACUAUCAUCUCAUACCUGGGCUGUGGCAUAUCCUCAAUCUUUCUUGGAGUCACACUGUUGACCUAUUUGGCCUUUGAGAAACUGAGGCGAGACUACCCUUCGAAGAUCCUUAUUAACCUCUCCAUAGCCUUGCUAGGGUUGAACAUGCUCUUCCUGGUGAACUCCUGGCUUGCCUCUUUUAACAGCAAUGCCAUCUGUAUUACCAUAGCAGCCUUUCUACAUUACUUCUUCCUGGCUACCUUUACUUGGAUGGGACUGGGUGCAAUCAACAUGUAUCUGGCCUUGGUCAAGGUCUUUAAUUCAUAUGUACCAUCUUACAUCCUCAAAUUCUGUGCUCUCGGAUGGGGUUUACCUCUGCUGGUUGUAAGUUUAGUGCUUGCCAUUGAUAUAAAUUCAUAUGGCACCAGCCUCUCCAGAGCACUUUUCCAAGAAUCCACCGCAUUUUGCUGGUUAAAGAAUGACGUGACCUUUUAUGUGACGGUGGUUUCCUUUGUGACCCUGGUCAUGGUCUGUAACAUCUGCAUGUUUGCCGUGGUGCUGGUACAGAUCCAUAAAAUGCGGGCCAAUAAGCCCUCCAGCAGCCGAAAAGGGUUCCUGCAUGACCUGCGAGUGGUGGCCAGUCUCACCUUCCUGCUGGGACUUACCUGGAUACUAUCCUUUGUCGCUUGGGGCCCGGCCAAAACACCCCUGCUGUACCUGUUCUCUCUCCUCAACAGUCUUCAAGGUUUCUUUAUCUUCCUGUUUUACUGUCUGAUGAAAGACAAUGUAAGGAAGCAGUGGAGGAAACAUCUCUGCUGUGGAAGAUUCAGACAGACUGAAUAUUCAGACUGGAGCCGUUCUGUGACACUGGGGGCCAAAGCAAAGGGUGGUCUGCAAGUCUCCUCACCGUCCAUGAAGUCAGAGACUACCAACGAAAGGAAGAGCUCUGAUACCUCAAACUCAGGGACCAGCCAUGAUGAAUUCAGAAAACGGCAAGCAAAAUUGAAUGGACACUUUACAAGAAGCCACAGCAGGAGCUGUGCAUGGCAGGGAGGCACCACAACUGACUCCCAUAGAUGA